AUGCCGAAAAUAUUCCCAUUUCAAGAUUCCGCUUUCACUGCGGACGAUACUAUGUACAAUCCAAUUUUUGAUCAUGACCGAGCAAUGGCUGGAGGGAAUGGCGUUGAGACUCGUUAUGCAUUUGCUUUUUUUUGUUUUUUAUCUGUUUCGUUCAUAGAUUCCCCGCUGAUUCUGCAGAACAAUAAUACCAAGGCGAAGACAAAUCCGCGAAUUUCUCAUAAACCAUUGCACGUAACCAUAAUAUUCUUUUACUACGUAAACAAGUCUGACCUCCAACCAGGAGAGAUGCUGCCAAAAUGUGCCUCUAAAGCGCUACGACCAGGGCAAAAGCAAUUGAACUCCCUUCUCCAUGCCCAACAACGCAGAGGCUUCCAGGCCUUUGUACUCGGUGGUGGUAUCACAGGCCUCACAUCCGCCUGGCAAUUGUCGCAGAACCCCAACUGCACCAGUGUCGUCCUCGUUGAGAAAUCAAACCGGCUAGGUGGCUGGAUUGACUCGGAAACAAUUCCCGUCGAUGGUGGAAAUGUUGUGUUCGAAUAUGGGCCGCGCACAUUGAAGAGUUCAGUGCCAGAGUCACUUCCUUUGCUUUACCUGGUGAACAUUCCUCGUGUGCACAUCGCCAUUGGUGAAAGGACUUCAUAUACUAACUUUUUAAAGGCAACCAAUCUAGGCUUAUACAAUGAGCUCAUUGUCACCCCCAAAUCGAGCCCUGCAGCCCAGAAUCGCUACAUUUACUAUCCGGACCACCUCGUUCGCAUACCGGCGCCGAAGCCCUCACUAUCGUUUGGGGAAAACUUUGACAAUUUCUUGAAUACAAUGAAAGAACCACUAUUUAACAAAUUUCUAUCGGGGAUAGUGAAGGAUAUCUUUGCUCCACCUCGGCACCCCACUCAAUGGGCGGAGGAUGAGUCCGUUGCGGACUUUAUCGGGCGUCGCUUUGGUCCUGACGUUGCAGAUAAUCUUGUUUCUGCGAUAUUCCACGGGGUCUAUGCAGGAGAUAUUGACCAGUUGAGUGCUCAGACACUGCUGGGUUCCGUCCGCAAUCUUGAAGGAGGCAUUGGGGGCGUCGGUGGGUUCGUUUCUGGCGGAGUUACGGCAUCCCUGCUCUCUCGGGCAUUCUCCAGAAAGAAGAUCAGGAGAAUGGAUGAUUUCAUGGCCGUAGAUGCCAUAUCCGCGGGGCCUGAGUUAGUGCGGCGUCAGCAUGACCUGGAGAUUCUCGCGGCGGAAGCAAGUACUUUCACCUUCAAGAGAGGUGUUGGUCAACUUGUUGAAGGACUGGUCGCUUCGUUGAAAGCCAACAAGAAAGUGACGAUCAUAUUGAAUACAGAAGUCGACACUAUGGUGGCUUUAAGAGAUAACAAAACGGCGAUGAGGCUCAACGGCAAAUCCUGGUAUGAGUCUAAGCAUAUCAUUUCCACGAUCCCGCCAGCCGCACUUGGCAAAGCCAUGCAAAACCCAAAACGACGUAUCCGAGACAGAGUGAUGGAGUUGAAUAUGAAGGAACCAGGCUUUACCCCACACUUACUACAAAAGCAGAAUUAUGCCGUGACGGUCAUGGUUGUAAAUCUCUAUUACUCAGAUCCUGACCUUCUACCCGUGGAAGACGGCUUCGGAUACCUCAUACCGCGCUCGAUCCCCUACGAACAGAACCCGGAAUGCGGCCUUGGUGUCAUCUUUGCCUCGUCCUCGAGUGUAGGCAAUAGCACAGAUUCCUCGGCGGGUACCAUCCGCCAAGAUUCCGCACGUGGCACGAAACUCACCGUCAUGCUCGGCGGUCAUUAUUGGGACGGUUUCGAAGAGUAUCCAGAUCACGACACGGCCGUGAAAAUGGCCCGUGAAAUGCUCAGGAGACACAUGAAUAUCACAGAUACCCCGACUGUGGCGCGAAGUCGUCUCCAGGAGAAUGCUAUUCCCCAGCAUACAGUCGGCCAUCUGGGUCGCAUGUACCGUCUCUCAAAGACGGUGCGCGAUGAAUUCGACGGGUCGCUUGUCCUUGCGGGUAGUUGGUAUAAUGGCGUCGGUGUGGGCGACUGUGUCAGGCAGGGUAUCCUGUCUGCUACAUACGGCAUGGGGACCCAUCAGCUCAGUGGCGAGUUCAAUGACUGGCGCCCCUGGGUUCCAUAUCACUAUGACGAAUGGGCUCUCAAAGGUGGCAUUGUCAUGUCCCCUAUUCGUUUGGUGGAUUCCAAAAUCUAA